UUUUUAUUGUAAAUUUUCCAAUUAUUUGAAUAGAGAAAUAAAAGGAUAUCAAUGAAACGAUUAAAUACAGAACAAAAUCUAUCCUUGAUAACUCAUCGAAAUGAAGGGAAACGGAAAUCCCUUGUACUAGAUGGCGAUUAUGAUUAUAGAACAUUGCUUGAGAGUAGGGAUGCUCUGUCUACUCUGGACUCUGAUGACCAUUUGAGCAGUGCUCCAAAACCCGAGUUAAAGCUGCCCCUUGGUGGUACUGUACGCUCUAAAAGUAGGAAGAAAUCUCAGAAAGGUUUAAAUGCGGAAGAAGCAAAUGGAUUAGCACCUGAAGAUGUCAAAGAAACAAUUAGCAAUCUUGAUAAGAUUCUUCAUAAUCAAUUUGAAGCUUCAAUAACUGAAAUUGAUCGUAGUUUUGGAAAUCAUCGAAUGAAGAAGAAUCGAAAGGCUAAGAAACCAAGCAUUGAAGUAGAAGAAGUGGACCCAUUAACUGAAGUCAAACCAACUGAAAAAAAUGAAAUCCUUCAUAAUUUUAGAUCAAAGUUUGGUGAUAUAGAAUUUUUCUCACAAUCAUCAACUAUAUUUGAUGCAGAUUAUUUUAAAAACUCUGAAUUUUUCGGUAUCUAUGUCUUAUUCUGGUUAGGAACUGCCUUUUUAAUGCUUUCUAGUAUGGCCCAUGCAUAUUUUGAUAAUUCAAUCCCAUUUGCUCAAUUACAAGUUAUUUCUAUACUAAGAAAAGAUUUAUUUAAGGUUGGAUUAACUGAUAUUGCCAUGUAUAUAACUUCUUAUGGUGCAUAUUUCAUUCAAGUUUUAUGUCUUAAGAAAUAUAUUCGAUGGAAAUCUAGUGGGAUAAAAUUACAUUGUUUAUUUGAAUUUGUUCAUUUGGUCUUUUGGUCACAUUUUGCCUCCUAUCAAGAUUUCCCCUGGAUUGCCAAGGUGUUUUUAUGUCUUCAUGGAUUUGUAUUUCUUAUGAAAAUGCAUUCUUAUGGAUUUUAUAAUGGAUAUCUUUGGAAUAUUCUUGAUGAAUUAGAAUUUUCCAAAUCUUUUUUGGAAAAAUUAAAUGGUGUAAAACCAGUUACAUUACCAGGGAAAUUUAAAGAAGAAAAUGUUCGUAAAACAUUGAAUGAUAGUGUUACAUUUUGUGAAUUUGAAUUAGAAUGUCAAUCUAGAGCAGUUCUUACACAUGCUGCACAAGUUCAUGCUAAUAUUGAUCAAGAAGCAUUAUCUAAAAAAAUUCAUUUCCCUUCAAAUAUUAAUCUUUAUAAUUUCUUUGAAUUCUCAAUGUACCCUACUGUGGUUUAUACAUUAAAUUUUACUAGAACAAAACGUAUUAGAUGGUCAUAUGUGUUUGAGAAAACUGCUGGAGUAUUUGGAAUCAUCUUUUUAAUGAUUUUAGUGGCACAAAACUCAAUGUAUCCACUUGUGGUUAGAGCUAGUGCUGCUAGACAAUUACCAGCAAAUGAAAGAUUAAUAGCAUUUUUCUUUAUCUUAUUAGAUAUGAUCCCUCCAUUUUUAAUGGAAUAUCUUUUCACAUUUUUCUUGAUUUGGGAUGCUAUUUUGAAUGAUAUUGCUGAAUUGAGUAGAUUUGCUGAUCGUGACUUUUAUGGUCCAUGGUGGUCUUGCACUGAUUGGUCAGAAUUUGCUAGAAUUUGGAAUAGACCAGUCCAUAAGUUCUUGCUUAGACAUGUGUAUCAUUCUUCUGUGAGCACUUUAGAAUUGAAUAAAUAUCAAGCUUCCUUGAUGACAUUUAUUAUUUCAAGUUUGGUACAUGAAUUUGUCAUGUAUGUGAUUUUCAAUCGAUUAAGAGGAUAUCUCUUACUUUUACAAAUGUCUCAAAUCCCCUUGAUUAUGAUGAGUAGAACAAAAUAUAUGAGAGAUAAGAAGGUUUUAGGAAAUGUUAUAUGUUGGUUUGGGUUUAUUUCAGGUCCUGCAAUUAUUUGCACCCUUUACUUAAUCUUUUAAAAAAGUAAAGUGAACAAAACUAAAAUAAAAAAAAAAAAAUAAGAAAACGGAAAAUAAAAUAGAUUAAAGAAUUGAAUUACAAUGGAUGUAUAUAUAUAUAUAUAAAUGAUAA